ACGAACAUAGCCUUUUUCUCAAAAGUGAUGCAUCCAAUAAUUUUUUUAUAUUCGUCUUCGGAAUCUGAGGAAGAAAACGUGCAGCAAGUCAUAAGGAACCGAAUGCGAGACAAAAGCAAUCCCUUGGCAUUGCCGGCGGCAGCCUUCAGGAAACGGUUCAGACUCUCUAAAAGUGCAUUUAACUACGUAUUGGCUGAACUCAAAUUUGAAAGGCAUUUGUCAACCGCAGUGGCACCAAUGAUUCAACUGGGAGCGACUUUGUCCCUUUUGGCCAGUGGUGGCUACUAGCACUUGGUGGGAAAUGAAUUUUUGAUAGGAAUAUGUCAAAGCACUAUUUGCAAAAUAAUAAAAAAUGUAAUCAGCGAAAUGGAAACAAAGUUGCGCCCCCAAUUUAUUAAAUUCGUGCCCGACAAUCUUUCGGAAUGCACGAAAUCGUUUGUUGAAAAAUACAAAAUUCCUGGAGUUAUUGGAGUAUUGAUGGCACGCACUGUGGGCUGCAAAAACCAACAGUAAAUGAGCACAUGUUCUUCAACAGGAAAGGAUACCAUAGCCUCAACUCAAUGACAAUAUGUGACCAUGAAUACCGCAUUUUGGCCAUUGACUCAAAGUAUGGUCUAGCCGCACACGAUUCCUUUGUGUGGAAGCAUUCGGCACAACGAAAGUUUUUGGAGGAGCAAUUUAACCAAAAUAACUUCAAAAAUGUUUGGCUUUUAGGAGAUUCGGGUUAUCCCUUGGAGCCGUGGUGUUUAACACCAUUCAGGAACCAUGAAGAAGGGUCUACUCAAGCUCGGUUUAAUGAGGCUCAUUCUAAAGCUGUGUGGUUGAAAGAACCAUUGGUAUCCUAAAGGGCCGUUGGAAAAUUCUCAGCAAUGACAAGAGAAGCCGUUACCAACCUGAAAAAAUGGCACAAUUCGGGAAUGUAUGUGCAGCGUUGCAUAAAAUAUGCAUACAUUUCAAAGAUGCGUCGUAUUGCAGAGAUUAUGCACGUGAAGCUAUUAACACAGAAGUGGAUAUGGGAAACGAAACUCAUUUAACCAAAAUUGGACACAAAAUUCGAAACCAUAUAAUAUUGGCGCUAGAAAAUACAAUUUGAAUAAAACAAGUGUAUGUAUGUUUAUUAUUA